AUGGGCUGCAAUUUACCAUUUUUAAAGUUUAAUAGAGAGUUACAACAAGACCUACUACUUAGAAGUUACGACGUUAUGUGGGAUGUUGACUUGGGAGGGAGUGAAUUUUGUAGAGUAAAGCUGGGAACAUGUAGACAAAAUGGUGAGCUAGUUGCGAUAAAAAUAGUAACCAAAACUUUCUGCAGUAACUUUGAAAAAGAUGUUUUAUUAUAUAUACAAGAUAAAUUAAAAGGAAAUACUUUAUUGCCUGAACUAUCAAAUACAAAAAGUUGUAAUGAAUAUUUUCCAAAAAUUUUUGAUACCUUCGAAGAUAUUGAUUUUAUAUAUAUUGUGAUGGAACUAAGUUUUGGUGGAGAACUUUUUCAUUUAUUAGUCAGAUCUGAAGAAAAGUUAAGUGAAGAAACAAUAUCAUUUAUUUUCUCUCAAAUUUGCACUGCAUUAAAAGUUCUUCAUUCAAUUGGAAUUAUGCAUGGUGAUAUAAAGGCAGAAAAUAUUAUGUUUUCUAAAGAAAACCGGCUUGAUUCAAUCAAACUAUUAGAUUUUGGAAACUCUUGUAUGUUAUCUAAUGAAAAAACGGGGUUAGGUAAAAAUAAAAUAGAAAUACAAAUUUAUAAUCAAUGCUUUUUAUUUAAUGAAUCAAAAAAGGAAAUCCAAUUUAAUCAAACAUAUUUUGACUUUUGGUCUUGUGGCAAACUUUUAUAUUUAAUGCUUACAAGAAAAUACCUUGAAAUAGAAUUUCAUGAAUGUUUUACUUUGAGUGAUAAAACUAAAAAAAAAAUACUCGAGUCAUCAGAAUUAAAGUUUUGUAGUGACCUUGCUAAAGAUUUGUUAUGUAAGCUGCUUUCAUAUAGCUCUUAUCAAAAUGAGUUGUUAACAAUGGAAAAAGUUUUGUGUCAUCCAUGGUUUAAUUUAGCUAAGAAUACACCAACUAUUAAUCAUCAUAUAUAUCCACAUGAUGAAUUAAUUAAAGUAAUUUCUUGA